AUGGCCACGAGGGAGUUACUCAUCGUCAUCCUGAACCACACCAACGAGGAGCUCACCGCAGAGCCUGAAUGGCCACAUCUCAACCGCGGCAAUUGGACCAAAAGUCCAGACUUACAGCCACCACAGACAAUCCUAACAGGUGAGACUGGCAUGCUGCGCUGCAAGUCGAGUCACAUAGGCGAAGGUAUCGACGGUUCAAUCACGUACCGCAUCAUCAGAUUCGAAGGGAGAAACGAACUUGCGUUUAUGUGGAGCGUCCCGUAUGUCGGGGCAAAUAAAUUCGACGCCUGUUGUGCUGUAUCCGACUUCACAGUUGAGGUCUUGGGCGGGCGGGGUAAGGAGGCGGUCGUUGUCUUUUUGUUUGUGAAUGCUAAUGACUUUGCAGGAUCCGCGAAGAUGACAGAUGUGAGACCCGGUGAUGGUGUGUGGGCAGCAGUGACUAGAUAUCCUGUUGAGUGCGCUAAGGGUCUUGUGGGUGGCUUCAACCAUCAUUGA